UAAGCGAAGACAGGUCAAUAUAGGCACGCCAUGAGCACUAAUUUAACACUAUCAAACAAAAGAAAGCGUAGACAUAUUUUAUCCAACUACUCCUGGUUACACACACAAGCCCACACAAUUAAGAUUUAAGACACAGAACCUUCGAUUCUAUGCUAUAAAUAGGGAGCUAUUAUUCUCUCAUGUUCCCAUCUCACUAAAAGCCACAUUUACAACCAUUACUACACAAAUCUCAUCUUCCUACUUAUAACUUCACUUUUCUCAUUUUACUUCAUCUUAUCAUGGGUGCCAUCACUUACGAUAUUGAGAUCCCUUCCUCCAUCUCGGCUGCAAAGAUUUUUAAGGCCGUGGUGCUCGAUGUUGACACCCUCGUCCCCAAGAUCAUGCCUCAGGCAAUCAAGAACGUCGAGAUCUUGGAAGGGGAUGGUGGCGUUGGGACCAUCAAGCUUAUCCAUUUUGGGGAAGGGAGUCAGUACAAGAGCGUGAAGCACCGUGUGGAUGCUAUCGACAAGGAGAACUUGACCCACAGUUACAGCAUAAUCGAGGGCGAUGUUCUUGGAGGAGUUAUUGAAUCCGUUACUUAUCAUGUGAAGAUCGUCCCAACUGAAGAUGGAGGGAGCAUAUGUAAGAACAGAAGCAUCUACAACACAAAUGGUGAUGCUGAGAUUAGUGAGGAGAAGAUCAAGGAAGGAAAAGAGAAGGCCAUGGCUAUGUUCAAGGCCAUUGAAGCUUACCUCCUUGCCAAUCCUGAUGCCUAAAAGCUUCAGUUAUACACGUCCAUGCAUGCUUGAAAACUAUUGUUUUGUGUGAUUUUGUUUCUUUGUUUCUUCGACUUUGUAUUUUCCAAUAACAUGCAUUUUUGUUGUAUUCUUCUCAUCAAAUGGUUCUUUUUUCCUAUAUAAAAACUA